UUUAACUUGCCUGCAACUGACAAACACAAAAAUAUCCUUUGAUAACAGCAGUAAAGGGCCAUGAAAUUACACACCAAUAUCUUGUGGUUACCUGCAGCUGUCAGCGUUUACAUACAAAAGCUAUUGUGACGUCAUCUUGUCCUGCUCGCCCAGGUUCGCAGGAGGCCGAUAUGGGCAACUUGUCCAGGAUAAGAUAGUAGAGGUUCCAAACGGUCAAAACGUCUCAUCCAACUGGUCUGGACAAGCAGGACAAGCAGUUCUGAGCGCAACAUAAUAUCUGAUAUUACGAUUUUAAGGAUUUUGUUCCUCACUCUAAAUCAGUGUCUAAGAGUUUGUAUGCUGAAUUUCAAUGAAAUGCUUAAUUCAGAACUUGCAUUGAUUAUGUCAGUAAAUUGCUUAACUUUAAAUAUACAGUUCUUUUUAUUCUUUAAAGAGUGGCUGAGGAGGAGAAAUCUCUAGAGGAUAAAGCAGACAUUGUCACAAAGUACUUGGAGGAGAAGAGAAACAGCUUCAAACUGAGUCAUCGUUUAUGAGACUUUAUGUCACCACUUUCACACUGACAGCACCUCUGAGAGUAACAACAGCACUCUACCAUUGCCAGAACAACUCCACCAGCCCCAGUACCUGACCUCAACACACACUUCCAGGACCACCGUAGAGGCCUCUGUGGCAGCUUUCUACUUUGUGAUAGCCAGUGCUUGUGAUGGUGAUGAUGAGCAUUCAAAGACGCAGCUCCUCCUCCUCUGAGGGAGAUGAACCCCAACCAUCGACUUCAGGGGAACCUCCUGCCAAGGUUCUUCGGCGCCAUCCACCACACAGAUCUUGGCAGUCCUCACGGGUUCCCACCUUCUUUGACUUUUCCUCUGACGAUAGUGAUGAUGAGCGGGAUCAUGAGUGGUUGCCCAGUACUUUAGAAGAUGCUUUCGACCCAUGCUUUGAUAUAUCCAGUUCAGAAGACGAACUGGAUUCCGUCUCGCAGGCCACCACCACACAUGACAUUGAUGAGCCACUCUCCAAUGUGGCAGCCAAAAUGAUAAAGAGGAAUGUUCCAGGGACCAGGAGAUUCGCCUGGAAACGGAAAGACAACAUCCCCAACCUUUUCAGCUUCCAAGGCAGUCCUGGGGUCAAAGUCAAAUUGGAUGUGUCAAGCACGCCCUUGGAGAUCUUCAGCUGGUUCUUCACCGAUGACCUCCUUGAUCUAAUUGUCAAGGAGACCAACUGGUAUGCAGCUGCCCACCCUCCUUGUACCUCACCUAAGAUGAGGAAGUGGAUGCCCACAUCCAGGGAGGAGCUCCAGGCAUACUUUGGAAUUCGGGUGAUAAUGGGGUUGGCAGGUCGCCCUAGUUAUUAUGACUAUUGGUCGUCCAGUCCCGUCCUACGUCAUGAACUCGUUGCUGAAGUCAUGACCAGGGAUCGCUUUGACCAGUUAACAGCUUGCCUCCAUUUUGCCCAUGUUGAGGAAGGAGCUCCACUCCCAGAGGACAGGAUGUGGAAGCUCCGACCAGUUGUGAAUGCCCUCAGCAACUCAUUCCGAUCGACAUUCAUGCCGGGGCAGGAAAUUACCAUUGACGAGUCGUUGUGGAAGUUCCAUGAGAAACUAGAUAUCAAUACCUGCAACACAAGCAAGAGGGCAACCUUUGGGUUGAAGGUCUGUAAACUCUGUGCCACUACUGGCCCAGCAGCAGGGUACACUUCUUGUUUUAAGGUAUACAUUGGGCAGGACCGUGGCGACAUACCCUCGUCCACGAAAGCAGUGCUUCAUUUGAUGGAGACUGGUGGCUUUCUUGGGCUGGGAUACCAGUUGUUUGUGGAUGCCUGGUACACAUCGCCAAGUCUCUUUCGUAUAUUGCAGGCAAGAAAUACAAAUGCGGCAGGGAGAGCCCAGCUGAAUAGGAAGUUUAUGCCCAAGGACCUCAGUGUGAGGGGAAAAGGUGAUGUGGACUACUGCAGCAGCAAUGGGUUGCUGGCCUUGCAGUGGAAGGGCCGUGACACUUUCACUUUGCUGUCAACAAUCCAUACUGCUUCAAUGGAUGGGAGUAAGCCGUCAGUGGUAGUAGAUUACAAUAACAGCAUGAAAGGUUUUGAGUUUGGUGAUCAGAUGGCAAGCUACUAUCAGAUGAGUCGCCAUUCCAAAGCCUGGUACAGGAAGAUUUUCUUCUACCUCUUUGACCUGGCUAUUGUCAAUGCCUGGGCCGUCCAUCGUGCCCUAGGCGGAGGUGAGUCUCAGAAAACCUUCAGAUCCGAUCUCGCCAAAGAAUUACUAGGGGACUUUAGAGAAGGAGCCGAUUCUACCAGGCAUUGCACUGCAACACGACCACCAGUUGCUGUGAGGCAGGCCUUACAACAGCGACGGCACGCCGUCACCGAAAUCCCUGAUGGCAAGAGGAGGAGGUGCCGUUGGUGUUCAGAACAGGGUCAACGGAAGAACACCAGGAGCUUCUGCCCUGACUGCAAUGUAGGCCUCUGCACCUAUGGGUGCUUUGAGGCUUGGCACACAGAUGAGUAAUACCAUCCAGAGGGUAAUAAGAUACUUUUUGGGGUGAGGGGGCAAAUGUGUUACUGAGAGUAACACACAUGGCAUUGUUAGAAAGUCUGGACUCUAUAUAUGCUAAAACUUUCAGCCAUUGCAACAUGUGUUGAGAUUACUUUUUAGCUUUACAAGCAUGCAAAAAAUCAUGCUUGUUUCUCAAAAGCAUUAUCUUCAUUAUACUCCCAAGGUUAUAAAAGGGGUGU